AUGAUACAGCCCGGGUUGGACAGAGACACAUGGAUCAAGAAGAUGCGAGAAGACCUCAUACAGAAGAAGGAGAUGCCGAAGGAAGAAACCAGAGAGGAAGAGAUUGCCUAUGUGCAAAAUGUCUUCAACGACAUGACUGAUGAAGAAUGA